AUGGCGCUCAGCGGGCGAUUCGCUCGCCAGCUGCCACAGGAGCUCUUCGCUCACGCGAGCAAGCACACUCCACGCAUCGCUCGACGCACACUCGUCUCCCAAUCGACGACGACGACACGGUCUGCUCGCCAGCAAGCUGCACGCAACCUGCAGCAGCAGCAGUCAAUCCGUCAUUUUUCCCGCUCGACAAAGCGUGCCGCGUCCAGCCAAGCAGAGGUCGCUCCCAAUGCGAAGGCCUACCUCGAGAGCGGAGCCAUUGCGGGCGGCCAGAACCUCGUCGAUGUCAACAAAGUCCUCGUCAUCGGCUCUGGCGGUCUCUCCAUCGGUCAGGCCGGUGAAUUCGACUAUUCUGGCUCCCAGGCACUCAAGGCUCUCAAGGAGGCUGGCAUCCAGUCGGUCUUGAUCAACCCCAACAUUGCUACCAUUCAAACCUCUCACGUGCUCGCCGACGAAAUCUACUACCUGCCCGUUACUCCCGAAUAUGUCACCUACGUUAUCGAGAAAGAGAGGCCAGACGGCAUCUUCUUGUCCUUUGGAGGCCAGACCGCCCUCAAUCUGGGUGUGAGGAUGGACAAGAUGGGGAUCUUCGAGCGAUACGGUGUCAAGGUUCUGGGCACCAGCAUCAAGACUCUGGAGACUUCGGAAGACCGAGAUCUGUUUGCUAAGGCCCUCAAGGAGAUUGACAUCCCUAUCGCCGAGAGUAUCGCUGUUUCGACUGUCGACGAGGCGCUGGAGGCUGCGGACAAGGUGGGAUACCCCAUCAUCGUGCGAGCCGCCUACGCUCUUGGUGGUCUUGGAUCUGGUUUCGCCGACAACGCUGAAGAGCUUCGGAACAUGGCUGCGCGAUCGCUUACCCUGUCCCCCCAAAUCUUGGUCGAGAAGUCGCUCAAGGGCUGGAAGGAGGCCGAGUAUGAGGUCGUGCGUGACGCUUCGGACAACUGCAUUACGGUUUGCAAUAUGGAGAACUUUGACCCGCUUGGCGUGCACACCGGAGACAGCAUUGUCGUCUCGCCCUCGCAAACGUUCAGUGAUGAGGAAUACCACAUGCUUCGCUCUGCUUCGAUCAAGAUUGUCCGCCAUCUCGGUGUUGUGGGAGAGUGCAACGUUCAGUACGCUCUGCAGCCCGAUGGUCUCGACUACAGGGUCAUCGAAGUCAAUGCUCGUCUCUCUCGCUCGUCUGCUCUUGCCUCCAAAGCUACUGGUUACCCAUUGGCCUACACCGCUGCAAAGAUCGGUCUUGGACACACGCUUCCUGAGCUGCCCAAUGCUGUCACUCGCACGACCACCGCCAACUUUGAACCGUCGCUCGACUACAUCGUUACUAAGAUUCCUCGAUGGGAUUUGUCCAAGUUCCAGAAUGUCAACCGAUCCAUCGGAUCCGCCAUGAAGUCCAUCGGAGAAGUUAUGGCUAUUGGCCGUACCUUUGAAGAGUCCUUCCAGAAGGCUAUCCGUCAAGUCGAUCCUAAAUUCAACGGUCUCCAAGGCGACAAGUUUGACGAUCUCGAUGAUGUGCUCAAGAACCCGACUGACCGCCGUUGGCUCGCGGUCGGACAGGCUAUGCUCCACGAAGGUUACUCUGUUGACAAGGUUCACGACCUCAGCAAAAUCGACAAGUGGUUUUUGUACAAGAUCCAAAACAUUGUUGACUGCACCCAUGAACUCCAGGAUAUCGGCUCUCUCUUUGGCGUCAAGAAGGAACUCAUGCUCAAGGCCAAGAAGCUCGGCUUCAGCGACAAGCAGAUUGCGAUUGCCGUCAACAGCUCUGAGGACGAGGUUCGCGCCCGCCGAAAGAACUUUGGAAUCAAGCCCUGGGUCAAGAAGAUCGAUACGCUUGCUGCUGAGUUCCCUGCGGACACUAACUACCUCUACACGACCUACAACGCUUCGAGCCACGAUGUCAAAUUUGAUGAUCAUGGUAUCAUUGUUCUUGGAUCUGGUGUUUACCGUAUCGGAAGCUCGGUUGAGUUCGAUUGGUGUGCCGUCAAUGCUACGCUUUCUUUGAAAGAGCUGGGCAAGAAGACGGCUAUGAUCAACGUAAGUGUGAAUACCUUUUCUUUUAUAUCCGAGCAUCUCAAACCUUCGCGUUUACGAUGCGACUGCAGAGAUUGCUGCGUGAUACUAGCGGCUUUCCCACUCAGGAGAGACUGAGGGCCAGGAGAGACUGAGAGCCUCCUUCGUCAAGGCGUUCUUGGCCCAUCAAUUCGCCCAACGAACUAAAGCUGACUCUUUCUAGUACAACCCCGAGACUUAUUCCACCGACUUUGAUGUUCCCGACCGUCUCUACUUCGAAGAGCUCAGCUACGAACGUGUGAUGGAUAUCUACGAGCUGGAGUCUGCCUCCGGUGUUGUGGUCUCCGUGGGCGGCCAGCUCCCUCAGAACAUCGCCCUCAAGCUUCAGAACGUUGGCAAGGCUAAGGUUCUCGGCACAAACCCCGAGGAUAUCGACAAGGCCGAAGACAGACACAAGUUCUCCCAAAUCCUGGAUUCCAUUGGCGUUGACCAACCUGCCUGGAAGGAACUGACUAGCUACAAAGAGGCCAAGGAAUUCGCCAACGAGGUCAGCUACCCUGUCCUUGUCCGUCCAUCCUACGUCCUCUCCGGUGCCGCCAUGACUGUCAUCCGCUCUGAGGAAGAGCUCGAGGAGAAGCUUCUUGCUGCAAGCAGCGUCAGCCCUGACCACCCAGUGGUCAUCACCAAAUUCAUUGAGGGCGCGCUCGAAAUCGAUUGUGAUGCUGUCGCUCACAACGGCAAACUCCUCAUCCACGCUGUCUCCGAGCACGUUGAGAACGCCGGUGUUCACUCUGGUGAUGCCUCCUUGGUCCUGCCACCGGUCAACCUGCCAACGAGCACCAUUGAUCGUGUCAAGGAGAUUGCGCAAAAGGUUGCCAAGGCGUGGAAGAUCACCGGUCCGUUCAACAUGCAGAUCAUCAGUGCGAACAACCCAGAUGGCGGCGAGCCUCUCCUCAAGGUCAUUGAGUGCAACCUCCGAGCAUCUCGAUCCUUCCCGUUCGUCAGCAAGGUACUUGGAACCAACUUCAUUGAAGUCGCCACGAAGGCUCUCAUGGACAAGGACGUCCCCGAGCCGGUUGACCUCAUGAAGGUCAGCCGUGACUACCUAGCCGUCAAGGUUCCUCAAUUCGCGUGGACUCGUCUUGCCGGUGCCGACCCUUACCUUGGUGUCGAGAUGUCUUCUACGGGUGAAAUGGCUUGCUUCGGCAAGGACCUUACGGAGGCUUACUGGACUGCCAUGCAGAGCACAAUGAACUUCCGCCUUCCUGAGCCUGGCGAGGGCCUCCUCUUCGGUGGUGACACCUCGACUCCUGAUCUUGGUCAAAUUGUCGACUACCUCAACCCAUUAGGGUACAAGCUCUACGCCGCCAACCACGAAGUCAAGGAGCACCUCGAGAAGACUUCCAACGAUGGCAGUGUCCGUGUGGAGGUUAUCGAAUUCCCCAAAGAGGACAAGCGUGCUCUUCGUGAGGUGUUUGAGAAGUAUGAUAUCCGUGGCGUUUUCAACCUUGCCAAGCGCAGGGCGAGCAGCAUGGUCGACGAAGACUAUGUCAUGAGGCGUAACGCGGUCGACUUUGGCGUUCCGUUGUUCAUGGAGCCAAGGGUGAGUAGAAAGCACAAUGUUUGCAUGGACCGUUUCACUGACUUAUGAUCACCAGACCGCCGUCCUCUUCGCUCAGUGCAUGAGCAAGAAGCUACCCAAGUCCGAGGGAAUACCACCCGAGGUGCGCAGGUGGAGCGACUUCAUCGGCGGCAAGCCGUUGUAA